GGGUGGGUUGGCCCUGUGCAUUUCCACAGAGUGCACACUGUCCGGAUAGGCCUGCACACACCUAAUCCCACCUCUUCUCUCACUGCCUCACCUCAAGACCUUUCUCCCUUUACGGCCCUCCUGUAUUCCUCUUUUUUUCCCCCUCCUGGGUCAGCGACUUGCUGGAAGCUCCGGCCCGAGGCGUUUUGAAGACGCUCAACUGUUGCAGUUGCCAUGAUUCGCAGCAGCGUCUGCAGGGUUCUCCUGGUCCUCUUCAGCCUCCUGUCAGUUCUUGCACACACAGAGACAGUGUUGGACUCUGCCUUAUCCAGCAGGGACCACCAGGAUGCCAUGUCUGGAGACCCACCAGUGUGGGUCACUGACGUCACAACGAAGAGCCAUUUCCUGGACAACCCAGGACAGACUUAUUCCUUGGACUUAGAAGACUCCACACAGCCUCCGAUCCUGGACGAAGACGAAGGAGUGCUGGGACCAGGUGCCAUCACUGCCAUAGUUGUUGCGGUCUUCCUGGGAGCAUCAGUCCUCCUCGCACUCAUCGUCAUCACAAUCAGGAAAUUCACAGCCUCCUAGAGGGAAAGAAAGCAUCUCCCUUUUUGUAUGCGUGCGUGUACGCGUGUUUGAAUUGCAUGAGUGUGUGUGUCUUUUGUCUUUCUCAUCAAACCCUGAGCUCGCCCCCUCAUAUUUCGUUUUGAGAUGAGAUGCUUUGUAGCCUGAAAGCUAGAAAUUGUGGCAGGUCCGUCAACUAUAAAUAAAACACCCCGGUUGCGUCUCGGCGUGGAUGAAUCAUAAAUACUGGCUGGCUCUACCAGUGCUUAUCGCAAGAUGGUGUGUUUGUCGGUUGUGCUCUUUUUAUUUUUCUUGUAAUUAUACUCAUAAAAGUGUGUUAUUUGUUCUCCAUAACUUCUUACAUCUUGUUUCUGUAGAGUAAAUAUAAAAUCAGACUUUGGAUGAAUGUUCUGUUCAACUCCUUAACAUGGUAUUUUUUUCUAUUUAUCUCAGAGUUUCUAGCCAACCAUUUAGAUGUCACUUACUUCUUUUUCAUUGGAUAUAUAAAAACAAUGAAAGAUUUUGA